AUGGACAUUCUCUCCAUGAUCGGCGAUCGGCUCGACACCUGCAUCGACGUCCUCCGAUUCCGCAGCGUCUGCUCUUCGUUCCGCUCCUCGAUCCCCGCGCCUCGUCGCGAGGCCUGUCGAUUCCCUCUCCAAAUCCAGCCCGACCUCUUCCUCCGCGCUAGCACGAUCUACGCCCUCGGGACGCCGGACGGGGCCGCCGGCUCCGGUCGUGCGCGGUGGCUGCUGAAGCUCGAGGAGUCGGGGCGCGGGCGCAUGCGGAUCCUCAGCCUCUUCUCGCGGCGGAGGAUCGCCCACUUGCUCCCCAACACCUUCCCGAAGGUACUCGAUUCUCGCCGAUUCCGAAUGGUCGAAAUCUGUAGGCAAUACACGCUCGAUGCUCGCGGUUCAGCCGCAGACCUCCUUCCACCUUUUGUGAAAGCAGUGAUGCAUCCGGAUAGCGUAGGUUCCGAUUUAGGUCAGCGUUCGGUUUAUUCCCUCGAUGAAUUUGCGCGAUUAGGUUGUUGGAAUUACGGGGAUGACAAUUGGAGCCUGGAUGAUUGUGGUUAUGGUUAUAGCGACAUCGUAGUGUAUGAGGGCAAAGUCUGGGUCGUGGAUCACGCCGGGAAGUUGUCGCAGAUGCAUACAUCUCUCGAGCAUCGAAGUUUCUCACUGCCAUUCUACCAAACCGACGGUCGCCGCCGCAAGUGCCACGGCUCUUCGAAGCAUCUGGCGGUGUUGGGCGGUGAUCUUUACUUAGCGGACAGAUUCUUCGGCGGCUACGGGGAUGGUUUUCAGACGGCUUUUUCAUAG